UUGUUUGUAUGUGUUCUUGUCUGUUUAUAUAGAUAUUUUUUUAUGUAUGUGCGCGUGUAAAUAUAUAUGUACAUAUACAUAUAUAUAUGUAUAUAUAAGUAUAUCUAUGUAUUUAUAUAGAUGCCACUGUGAAAACAGCCUGGCUGGAGAUUUCUAUCAUCAGGGCUGGUCUCUGAUUUUGUGAUCCAUACUUAAUAUUUUCAGUAUAUAUUUUUUUCUUUGCGUCAAGGAAAAGACAAGCGCCUUCCUCUUUUUUCCGAAGUGCUGCUUCCUCCCUUCAUUCAUUCGCAGCGCACGAGGAAAAUACUGGGAUAUUAGGGGAGAAUCUGUCAGAUCUGUCUGAGCAGCGCCGUCGCCGGUGAACUGACAGCGCCGCGCUUCCGCGGCGGCAACAGCGCAGAGAGCCGAGCCGAGCCGAGCCCUGCAGCCAGCAGCCAGCCAGCAUGCACAAGCACCACCACUGCUGCAAGUGCCCAGAAUGCUACGAGGUGACCCGCAUGGCCGCCCUGCGCCGCACGGAUCCCCCAUCAUACGGCGACUGGCAGCCGGAGCCUUACGGAUACCCGGCCGGGUACGGCAGCGGGCAGACGCUGCCUCCCCAGACCCCUGGAGGAGGGGGCGGCGUGGGCGGGAGCGGCACACUCGGGAGAAGCAAGGGCAAAGCCAUGUCUGCCGGGGGCCCCGGGGGCCCCAACUCCAAGGGCCAGUCCAAGGGCGGCCCCAAAGUGAACGGCAACGGCUCGGGCGGCCAAGGAGGAUGGUGGCCGGAGUGCACCUGCUCCGGGAGAGAGUGGUACGACCAGGCCAACCCACCGCCGAUCCUGGUCAGUGCAGACUCCUUGGAUGCAGGACCUUAUGUAAAUGGAAGUGAUGGGAUGUAUAAGUAUGAGGAGAUCAUUCUAGAAAGGGGUAACUCCGGCCUCGGAUUCAGCAUCGCUGGUGGGAUCGACAACCCUCACAUUCCCGACGACCCCGGGAUCUUUAUCACGAAGAUUAUUCCGGGUGGAGCGGCUGCCAUGGACGGCAGGCUGGGGGUGAAUGACUGUGUCCUGCGGGUGAACGAGGUGGAUGUGUCUGAGGUGGUGCACAGCCAGGCGGUGGAGGCGCUGAAGGAGGCAGGGCCUGUGGUGAGGCUGCUGGUACGGAGGCGCCAGGCACCACCCGAAAGCAUCCUGGAGGUCAACUUGCUGAAGGGUCCUAAGGGACUGGGCUUCAGCAUCGCAGGGGGAAUAGGCAACCAACACAUCCCCGGAGACAACAGCAUCUACAUCACCAAGAUCAUCGACGGCGGGGCUGCCCAAAAGGAUGGCCGACUGCAGACGGGAGAUCGCCUCCUAGCGGUCAACAACAUUAACCUUCAGGAUGUGCGCCAUGAGGAGGCAGUGGCAGCACUGAAGAACACCUCCGACAUGGUCUACCUGAAAGUCGCCAAGCCGGGACCUGUGCACAUCAACGACAUGUACGCCCCCCCGGACUACUCCAGCAGCCUCGCCCUCCCUGCAGCCUUUCCCGCCAUGGUCGAUAACCACGUCAGCCACAGCCCCAGUAUGGGCUACAUGGGCGGCAUGGAGCCCAAGCCUGUGUACCAGCAGCCCCCCCAGAUCACGCCGUCCCGCUACUCCCCAGUGCCGCGGCACAUGCUUGGGGAUGAGGACUUCACCAGGGAGCCGCGGAAGAUUGUGCUGCACAAGGGCUCCACAGGCCUGGGCUUUAACAUCGUGGGCGGCGAGGACGGCGAGGGCAUCUUCGUCUCCUUCAUUCUGGCAGGAGGCCCUGCCGACCUGAGCGGGGAGCUGAGGAGAGGAGACCGGAUCCUGUCUGUGAACGGCGUGAAUCUACGGAACGCCACACACGAACAGGCCGCAGCCGCGCUGAAGCGGGCUGGACAGACCGUCACCAUCAUUGCUCAGUUCCGACCAGAAGAGUACAGUCGCUUCGAAUCCAAGAUCCACGACCUGAGGGAGCAGAUGAUGAACAGCAGCAUGAGCUCGGGGUCGGGCUCCCUGCGCACCAGCGAGAAGCGUUCCCUCUAUGUCAGGGCCCUGUUCGACUAUGACCGCACCCGCGACAGCUGCCUGCCCAGUCAGGGCCUGAGCUUUUCCUAUGGGGACAUCCUGCACGUCAUCAACGCUUCGGAUGACGAGUGGUGGCAGGCGCGACUGGUCACUCCGCGUGGAGAGAGCGAGCAGAUCGGUGUCAUCCCCAGCAAGAAGAGAGUGGAGAAGAAAGAGCGUGCCAGGUUAAAAACCGUCAAGUUCCACGCCAGGACGGGGAUGAUGGACUGCAACAGGCAGUCGGUCAAAGUAAAGCGCAAAAAGAGCUUCAACCUUUCGCGGAAGUUUCCCUUUUACAAGAGCAAGGAGAAUAUUGUGCAGGAGUGCGUGGAGCCCGAACAAUGUUUGACAUCUAAUACCAGUGACAGUGAGAGUAGUUCAAAGGGUCAGGAGGACACAAUCUUGUCAUAUGAACCAGUGAUUCGACAGGAGAUUCAUUACACAAGACCUGUGAUCAUUCUGGGACCUAUGAAGGACAGGAUAAACGACGACCUCAUUUCUGAGUUUCCGCACAAGUUUGGAUCCUGUGUUCCACACACGACCCGGCCCAGGCGGGAGAACGAAAUGGAUGGCCAGGACUAUCACUUUGUAGGUUCACGUGAGCAGAUGGAGAAGGACAUCCAGGACAACAAGUUCAUCGAAGCGGGCCAGUUCAACGAGAACCUCUAUGGCACCAGCGUCCUCUCGGUCCGCGCCGUGGCUGAAAGGGGGAAACACUGUAUCUUGGAUGUGUCCGGGAAUGCCAUUAAGCGAUUGCAACAAGCACAACUUUAUCCUAUCGCUAUUUUCAUCAAACCAAAAUCCAUCGAGGCUCUUAUGGAAAUGAAUAAGAGGCAGACAUAUGAACAGGCCAAUAAAGUCUUCGACAAGGCUAUGAAACUGGAGCAGGAAUUUGGCGAGUAUUUCACAGCUAUUGUACAGGGUGACUCGCUAGAGGAAAUCUACAGCAAAAUCAAGAUGAUCAUUGAGGAACAGUCAGGCCCCUAUAUCUGGAUUCCCUCCCCAGAAAAGCUUUGAGCACCCUGUCCUGUGGUCCUGCUUUCACACUGAAGUCUACCUACCCAACUGAAGCCCUAUCCCUCCCUUUUUUUUCGGAUAUGUCGCAUAUCAAGUUCUCUUGUCAUCAUUCUGUUACUCUUAAAUGGGAAAAAAAAGUCUUCUCAUACUUUCUGUGACUGUGCACCACCCCCUGCAUGAGUUUAUCAGCCAGACCAUCAGUGGCAGAAAUGUCACACCAGAUGCGUUUUGGUCAUUUACAACAGAAGAGGGAAAAGGCAACCGAGUUGGUUUAUGAUUACUGUGAACAAGCCGAAGAGCAGAGUGUCUCAAAGAUGCCAUGAGCUGGACGUAAAGAUGCUGCCGGACGAGGCGGCAGUGCAGGCUCCAGCCGAGCGACACGGUCAUGAAGCCGAAUUUAAUGCGUGGGAAAAGGAGCGGAGGAAGAAAAACUAGAGGUUUAACUUUUUUCUUUUUCUAUGAGGACUAGAUAAAAUUCAGUAUCCCGAUGAUACUGUUCUAUUCAUGGAAUCUUUUCCAAUGCUCAUAAUUUUAAAUAAUCCAUCACAAAGAACAGACUGCUAAUUCAGAAUUACCACAAACCAGCUGGAUAUGUUUGGCUGCUGGCAGUGCGGUGAUGCCGGCUCAGGCCUCUUCUCAGGAGCUGGAUUCGAAGAGACAGAAUGGAAUAUGAAUCUAUACAUUUGUAUUAUCAAAGUGGGAAAUUAUAAGAAUAAAAUCUUAUGGAGAGAUGAUUCUACAACAUAUUAAAUUACAUGGUGUUUUACACUUCACAAGACUUCUACAUACAAGGAGGGCUGUCUGGUUUCGUAAAGGUCGAUUUGGUUUGUUUAUUUUUUGUUUUUUUUUAAGCUGCUGGAUCUAUGAAGGAGGUAGAGAGGAGUAAUUGGGCUCUCUGCAAAAUGCCAAACUGCCUUAUGGAAAAUUCAUAAACGCAAAACAUUAAAAUUAAGUACUAAAGAA